UUAGUUUGUCUCUGUCUUUGAGUAUCCGCGUCUGAUUCUUAUAUUUUCAGGCAAAUCCCGCCAUCACAGCGGUCACAUUAAUUUCUUUUUGCGUAGUCUAUAAUAAUUGUAUUAUUUAUUUGUGAAAAUGUAAAAACGAAUUUAUCACAGCAACAGAUUAUUUAUUUUUAAAACCCGACACUAUCAGUUAGAUAAUAACUGUUAUUUGUGAGUAUUGCACAAUAAGUCUGCUUGGUUGGUUUGAGCCUAACCUAAAAAGCGUCGGCGAUGGCGAACGUUUCUCUGGACAAAGAGACCUUUUUCCGGCGUAUGAAACGCCUGUACAAUGGCUGGAAGGAUGGCGAAGUUGGCACUGAUGACAGCUUCAGUAAAAUGGACUGCCUCGUUUCGGCAGUCGGAACUGACGAGGACAUAAUCUACAGCAAGUCAAUGGCCCUCCAGACUUGGCUGCUCAGCUACGAGCUCACCGACACAAUUAUGAUUCUCGCUGAAGACUGCAUCUGUUUUUUAUCGAGCAAGAAAAAAAUUGAAUUCCUACGGCAAGUCGAGAGCGGAAAGACCGAAGAAACUGGAGUCCCACCUGUCAAAUUAUUUGUCAGAGACAAAAGUGACGAAGACAAAGCAAACUUCGGUAAACUGAUCGACGUCAUCAAGGGAAGUAAAAAAGGAAAAACGCUGGGGGUUUUUUCAAAAGAAAAUUAUCCUGGAGCGUUCAUGGAUGCUUGGAGAGCUGCCAUAAAACCUCAUGCAUUUGAUACCAUUGACGUAAGCGCAGCAGCUGCCUACGUUAUGUGUCCGAAAGAAGACGUUGAAAUUUUGACGAUUAAAAAAGCAUGUGUGGUAUCAGUUGAUGUCUUUACCAAAUACUUGAAGGACCAGAUAAUGGAGAUCAUUGACUCGGACAAGAAAGUAAAGCAUUCGAAGUUAGCAGAGGGUGUUGACGCAGCUGUCACUAACAAAAAAUAUGUCACUGGAGUUGAUGUUUCUCAGGUGGACAUGUGCUACCCGGCGAUAAUUCAGAGCGGGGGUAAUUACACACUAAAAUUCAGUGUCGUCAGUGACAAGAACGUGCUGCACUUUGGUGUGAUAAUUUGCUCUCUUGGAGCCAGAUAUAAAUCCUACUGCUCCAAUAUCGUGCGCACGCUGCUAGUAAAUCCCACGAGUGCCAUCGAGGAGAACUAUAACUUUUUACUGCAGCUGCAGGAAGAAAUCAUGAAGAAGAUGACGCCCAAUACGAAGAUCAGCGCAGUCUAUGAAGCGGGAAUCGCGUUUGUGAAGCAGGAGAAGUCUAGCAUGCUGGAACAUUUAACUAAAAACUUUGGGUUCGCGAUGGGAAUUGAGUUCCGCGAGAGCUCGCUGAUGAUCGGAGCCAAGACUCACGCUCUGCUGAAGAAGGGCAUGGUCUUUAAUCUCCAUGUCGGUCUUUCUAACUUGAGCAAUCCUGAGGCGAGCGACAAGGAAGGAAAGACGUACGCUCUGUUCAUUGGAGACACUGUCGUCGUUGGAGAAUCGGGAACUCCCGCGACUGUUCUCACAAACUCCAAGAAGAAGGUCAAAAAUAUCGGUAUUUAUUUGAAGGACGAGGAGGAAGACGAAGAGGAAGGAAGUGGAAAAGAAAAUGAACCAAAACCUGAGAUACUCGGCCGCGGAAAGAGGACUGCGGUGAUCGAGUCGAAGCUGAGAACUGAGCACAGUUCGGAAGAGAAACGGAAGCAGCACCAGAAGGAACUCGCGCGGCAGCUGAAUGAGAUUGCAAAGGCGCGAUUGGCUCAGCAGUCUGGUGGCAAAGAGCAGGAGAAGGUCCGCAAGUCGACUGUUUCUUACAAGAGUCUGAACCACAUGCCCAGAGAGCCGGAAGUGAAAGAGCUCAAGCUGUACGUUGAUAAAAAAUACGAGACGGUUAUACUACCGAUAUUUGGAAUUCCCGUUCCGUUCCAUAUAUCGACGAUCAAAAAUAUAUCACAGAGUGUCGAGGGUGACUACACGUACCUUAGGAUCAACUUCUUCCAUCCUGGAGCGACGAUGGGACGGAACGAAGGCGGGUCCUAUCCCCAGCCGGACGCGACCUUCGUCAAAGAAGUCACGUACCGCAGUACCAAUACCAAAGAACCUGGAGAAAUUUCCGCGCCUUCCUCAAAUCUCAAUACGGCCUUCAGAUUGAUCAAAGAAGUCCAGAAGAAGUUCAAGAACCGCGAAGCCGAGGAGCGGGAGAAAGAAGACCUGGUAAAACAGGACACUCUCGUUCUCUCACAAAAUAAAGGUAAUCCUAAGCUGAAGGAUCUUUAUAUCCGGCCGAACAUCGUCACCAAGAGAAUGACCGGUACCUUGGAAGCUCAUUCAAACGGAUUCCGCUACACUUCAGUGCGUGGUGACAAAGUUGAUAUACUCUACAAUAACAUCAAGAACGCGUUCUUCCAACCGGGUGACGGAGAGAUGAUCAUCCUUCUGCACUUCCAUCUCAAGCAUGCGAUAAUGUUCGGAAAGAAGAAGCACGUGGACGUGCAAUUUUACACUGAGGUCGGUGAGAUAACUACUGACCUGGGCAAGCACCAGCACAUGCACGACCGGGAUGAUCUCGCGGCGGAGCAGUCGGAGCGCGAGUUGAGGCAUAAAUUGAAAACUGCCUUCAAGAGUUUCUGUGAGAAAGUUGAAUCUCUUACGAAACAGGAAAUCGAAUUUGAUACUCCGUUUAGAGAUCUUGGAUUCCCUGGUGCGCCUUUCAGAAGUACUGUCUUACUCCAGCCUACCAGCGGAUGUCUUGUUCAUUUAACAGAGUGGCCGCCAUUUGUUAUCACCCUCGAAGACGUUGAGCUCGUGCACUUCGAACGUGUGCAAUUCCACCUAAAGAACUUUGAUAUGAUAUUUGUAUUCAAAGAUUACCACAAAAAAAUAGCGAUGGUUAACGCGAUUCCUAUGAAUAUGCUGGACCAUGUCAAGGAAUGGCUUAACUCUUGCGAUAUCCGAUACUCUGAAGGUGUCCAGUCACUCAACUGGGCGAAGAUUAUGAAGACCAUCACCGACGACCCCGAGGGAUUCUUCGAAAGCGGCGGCUGGACUUUCUUGGACCCUGAGAGCGACGAGGAGAACGAGGAGGUCGAUGAUGAAGAGGAGGAAGACGACGACGCGUAUGAACCGACGGACAUUGAGAGUGAAGAGGAGUCCGAUGAAGACUCGGAUUAUUCGGAGGCCUCUGAGGACUCGGAGAGCGAAGAAGAAGAACUCGGAAGCUCAGAAGAGUCUGGCAAAGACUGGUCUGAUCUAGAGCGCGAAGCCGCCGAAGAAGACAACGAACGCAGCGGCUACCCCGUGGACACCUACUCAAAAAACAAGAAAAAGUCAAAGCACGACACCCCUUCACCCUCGAAAAACCGGCACAACUCCAAGCACAAGAGCUCCUCCAGCUCCAAAAACAAAUCCAGCUCCAGAGACCGGGAACGCAGAUCCUCUGACAAACACAGAACGGACCGAUCACGAAGCGGGAGAUCACACAAGAAAGUGUCUCCUUCAAAAUCGUCCAAACAUAGCCCGAAGAAGAGCGACAGACACGACCGGCACGACAAGCACAAGUCCCAUCACUCGUCCUCAUCUUCCAGCAAAAAGCGGCCUCGCGAUGACAGCUCGGAAAGAAGAAAGUCCAAAAAAUCAAGGAAAUAAACCAGGUAAAAGUUUCUGUUAACUAAGGAGUUGAUAGGCUGUACACAUUCAUUGCAAGAUAACUUAUGAGUUUUCAACACAAGUUAUCAAUUAUCUAAAUACUUUUGUCCCACAUCAUCCAUUACUUAUAACAACAAAUAUUAAUAUUAUUAUUAUUAUUAUUUUGUUUUUAUAUCCUCGCAUUAAUAUUAAAGAGUUAACUAUCGAGUAAGGAGUAAGUUAUUUAUCAAUUAUCAGCAAUGUACAAAUGUUCGCUGUCAUUUUUGUAUUACGUAAUAUCGAUAAACAUUGCGAGCAUCUGCGUAA